AUGGUCACCUACCACGUUAAUGGCGAAGUCAUGUACGAGGUGAAGAAGCUGCUGGACCACAAAGUGGAGAACGGCCAACUCCGAUACAAAGUCCUCUGGAAGGACUACAGUGACUCCGAAGCCACUUGGGAAGGCGAGUCAAGCUUGAAAGUAAGUUAGUUUUAUUCUAGUCUUAAAUAUUUAGUUGAGAGAGGGACAGCCUGUCGAGACAGAGGCCUACAAUUGAGACAUGUAAAGGGGCCGGACCGGGAAAUUUUUUUAGCUUAGCCAAUGAACCGAGCCUUGUUUUUGGUCUUAGCUUUCCGACCCACUUGUGCGGGCCCGGUCCUUUUCAAGUUUAAGUUGCAGGAUCUAGUUUGAGCUCCUAGGGCCAUGAUUUAAGCCGGAUUCAAAUAAACUGGCCUAAGAAUUUCAAAUUUAUUUUAUAAUUUUUCUUAUUUUAGGCGUGCUCAGAAUUGCUAAAAGCAUACAAAAAGAAGCACAAGCUGGACAAGCAUGGGCCAAUGAAGCGCAGGGGCCGUAAACCAAAGGUGGCCAAGCUUGCUAGCCCGGCUAAAGCACACGAGCCCAUAGCCACUUGUAAAGCCAGCCAGGCUCAGGAUCCCAGCGUGCCUACAAUAGAAGGCAUUGAAUUUGAUAAUAAAGAAAAUGUUAGGCCGUCGUUCUCAAGCGCAGAACAAGUCCCAACGUGCUCAAGAAAAGUAAAAGACGGAACCAGUUCAAGCCCAGACGAUGACAGAACGUGCUCGGGAACAAGAUUUAAGGACCAGUCCAACGAAGAUCCAGUCCUAGCCCACUUCUUGGCGUAUAAACCAGAAGACUUCAAAAGAGAAAAAGUAAAACUGUUCAAAAGCGUUGAAGAAGCCCUAAGGUAUCUAAAAGAUAUAUAG